AUGUCCGUCUUUGCGAAGCUCGCAGGGUUACUCAGCGCCCCGGGCAAGAAGCGUGAAGUUUGUGCGUCAGCUCUAACACAGGCCAGCCCGACACUCUGUGAAGACGAGGCCGCCGUUCAACACUCUACCUCCGUCACAGCUCAUACGAAUGGAGGUGUAGGCUACCAGGUUAAAGCCAAGCCUCGCCGCCUCGAUCGAUGGCUUGAUGCUGUUGUUGCUUUCUCGGGAUCCAAUUUCACUUUCUUCUUCAUUUUGACGCUCCUGCUUGGCUGGGCAUUUGCAGGCAUCCGACUGGCCCACGAUGAGAACUGGCAAGUUGGGAUCUCAGACGUGCAGGCCAUACUGAGCUACAUCUUCGACUCAUUCCUGAUGCGGCAGCAGUUCAACACCUAUGACGAGGCGCUGUCAGCGGCUGCUCAGCUCCGUUCACGAGCAGCAAGUCAUCGACGAAUAAUACUGCAGAUCAUGGCCGACAAGGGUGCAGGCAGUUUGACACCCGACUCUGGGGCCAAUGUGGCACCAGAGGACACCAGAUUCGAGCUCGACCUCCCACGAGAAACGCUAUUCGGCCGCUUCAUUACCCGCAGCGCCAUUGUCGUGGGCCACAUCGCAACAAUCUGCCUGUACUGGACAUGCAUGGCUAUAUGGCUUGGCUUCGGACCGCUCAACCACUGGAGUAACGAGUGGCAGCUAUAUGUCAAUUCCGCUACGUCAGCACUCAUGGUGUUCGUCUUCAGCUUUCUAGCCAACAUCCGAGAGCGCCACUCCGACUAUACCCAGAUCUGCCUCGACGCUACGUUCCGGGUCGACUCCCAUCUAGAGAGCAUGCUCCGUAGAAUCACCCGUGACAGUCUCUGCAACGAAGAAGUGGUCAUUGCUCCCCCAACGGUCAACAUCCUACAACGUGCCAUCUAUUAUUACGCGGAUGUCGUCGGAACUUUGGUCGGCAUUGCUCUGCUCGUUAUAGUUAUGAUGACAUGGCUAGCCAUCGGCCCAAUCCUGCACUUUAAUAGCAACUGGUGGUUGCUCAUCGGCACAUACGCAGGUCUGAUCGGUCUAAAUGAUGGUUUCGUGCUCCGAAACGUCCAAGCUAAACUGAAGGAUUACGAAAAUGAGCAGUUCGAGCAAGUAAUGCUGGAGGAUGAGAGCCUCUUUGCACUCAUCGAUCAGCCGCUCGCAAAGGUCGAGCCGGAAAGACCUUCGAUCAGCUCAAGGCUUUCGCUUGCCGUGGGCAAGUUCUGCGCUCACGAGUUCACUGUCCUGGCAGGAGUCCUCGUCAUCUUCGCACUGAUUGCUGGUGCCAGCGCGCUACGUUGGGACACAUCCGGGCAACUGAUCUGCAACGUUCCGCCAAGCAUCAUCGAAUCCUUCUUUAUGGUGAUGCUUAUUGCAGGUCACAACUCUGCCGACUCCGAGCGCCGAGGGCAGAUCAAGGCAAUUCACGAUAGGCGUCUUAAGCUGUUAGCGUGGGUUCAGACGGUAGAGUACUAG